UGUUUACUAGAUAUCGUUUAUAAUGAAAAAUCCCUCUAACCACUUUCUUGUGCGAUCUGAUUUUGAAACACAAAAUAAGUCAUUUAAGAAACUGAGUCAAAUUCAAAGGCGAACGACUUGUUGGAUUUGGUUAUACAUUCGUUUUAUGACGGAGUACCCAACUUUUGUUGUGCAAAAGAGACAUAGGCUUUAAACUAUUAAGAAAAUGGCUUCCAAAUUGAAAGGCUUAAUCAAAUAUGCGACGGAUCAAACCUUUGAGUUUCCCUGCACAUUAUGUGAAGACAAGGACUUAAACGCAGACGCCAGUUUUUACUGUGGAGAGUGUUGCAAGCGAUUAUGUGACACUUGCAACAAGGGACAUGGCUAUUUGAACCCCAAACACCAAGUCCUAUGUCGGGAAAAUCAGGCAAAAUGGGGCGAGAUCGAACACGACCCUUACAAGUUUGUUGGAGGGAGGAAAAUAAAUGUUAGGACCAUUUCCGAUAAGAACAAGUGUUACAUAACCGGAUGCUGUGUCUUAAAUAAAGACAACAUUCUGCUCGCUGAUUUCAAAAACUGCAAACUGAAACUUUUGAAUGGAACCUAUUCAAUCGUAUCGACCUGUGAUCUCAAAACACGCCCUUGGGACGUCUGUAGGAUCUCCGAAAUCGAAAUCGCCAUUAUUGACGGCACUAAAGAUAUCAGGUUUUUCGGGGUCGGUAUCGGCGACAUUGCAUUGACCCCUAGCCCGACAAGAGAGCUACAGGUCGAUAGCCCGUGCUUAGGUUUAACCUGUAUGGGAUGCCAGAUGUUUGUUGUUUGUGACAAAGGUCUGUUCGUCUAUGACCUCGCCGGAAACCUUGUCAAAAAGAUGUACGAAAACUUUUGGCAAGAUGUGUGUGCUCCAGAUCAUGUGAACGUUCAUUACAUCGCUGUAAGUGAAGAUGGACAAAGAAUAUACAUCACCAACCAGAAGAAGAACAGCUUGGUUACCAUUGCCAGCCCUGGCCACGUUUCAGAGCAGACACACCAUGAUUUCUCUGGUCCGGAAGGAGUCUAUGUAGGAAAACGAGGCACAGUUUUUGUGUGCGGCUCAGCCUCGCAUACGAUACUUCAGGCAGAUGGAAAAGGGAAGAGAAUUACUGUGUUUGCUACAGAAAUGGAUGGCUUGAAUAGUCCCCGGACAGUGUGCUUUAGGUCGGAUACGUCCGAGUUGAUUGUUGGGCAACGUGAUAGUAAUGCAAUUAUGGUUUUGAAACUAUGUUGAAUAUUAUUUUAUUGAAUGACUGUCUUUAUAGUAAUGCAAGUAUGGUUUUAAAACCGUGCGGAUUAUAGCAUUACUGUCUUUAAUUAGUUUUUUUUUAAUAUAUAUGUGCACGUAUUCACAGUGGAUACUUUCAAGUAGAUUGAUAAGUACUAUCAAAAACUGCUCUUGUGCGACUAUUUACAUUUCGUGUGUUAUGUUUUUAUCUUCAUGUGUUAUGUGUAUGUGUAUAUAUCGACAACUUUGAUGUCAUACUAUAUAAAAAUGGAAUGAUUUA